AUGACCUCCAGCGUCGCCACUAAAGUCGGGAGAAAACUCUUUGCAAAGCACAUACAACAGUAUGAACCUGCCGACCCUUUAUAUGAAGACUACACGGAUGAACGCGGGCGUCGACGGAAGCGAAAGCGAGAGGUUCCCCCGGGGCUAACGCCCCGAGACACUAAGAUUCUGCGCUCCGUGAACAGAAGGGCUCAUUACCUCGAUAAAGGGUUUAGCAUCUGUGGUAUGCGAUUCGGUUGGACAUUCAUCGUAGGCAUUAUACCCGGGGCCGGCGACAUUGCCAAUGCCACCAUGAACUAUGUCCUUGUUGUGCGCAAAGCCAGAAAAGCCGACAUCCCCGGCUGGCUUCUUCGUCAAAUGCUUCUUAACAACGCUAUCGCUGCCUCGGUCGGGCUUGUUCCUAUUAGUUUUUGCGGAUAA